CUGUCCUCACCAGCCCAUCCUCUGCCGCAGGCCCUGCUCUGGGCCCAGCGCUCUGGCCAGACGCCCUGCCCAGCCCCUUCCCGACCCGCGCCCUGCCUUUCCCGGGACUCACCCAGACUCCUGCUCAGACUCCCGCCUCUGGGCCAGAAACCUCUUCAGGCUCGGCACAGACCGCCUCCCACAACCCUGGCCCGGGUCCGAGAAAAGAUGGGGCCCAGAACCUCACUGUUCGUCCAGCAGGGGGCCUUCCUGCGACCCCCGGCAGCGCCACCUCUUUUCUCGGGACGGCCCGAGGAGACAGGCUUGGACCAAAGCAGGACCCGCUUCUCGCUGUAGGGUCCUAGUUAAGCAGGGAGUGGGGUGAGGCGUCUGCUUCAGGCGAGGGGUCCCGGCAAGGUCUCAGGACCUGGGCAGGGUACAGACCAGAGAUGGGUCUUUGGGGACAAAUAUUUAGCCACGAAGAGGGGGGCGCUGUCCAGGCUGGGCCCACGGAGCAGGCUUUCCAAGAACCACCCGAAAUGCUUCUCCUGAGCCUUGCGGCUGCUCGCCAGGCACUUGGCACUGACCCCGCUGGCUGAGUGUUCCAAAUGUCCCUCUGGGCUCAAGGCCUGGAUGGAGGGGGAGGGCCAGGACCCCGGGCUCUCUGGCUGGGUGCCUUCUGCCCCUCCUCUUGACACCCGCCCAGCCCCGACUCCCCUCCCCCAGUCCCGGCUCCCUUCCCCCAGUCCACUCGGACACCAACCCCCACCCCGGCCUCCAGAUCCCUGUUCUCCCAGCCUAGAGGCGCCCUCGCCAACAUCCUGCCUGAAGCCAGGCCAUCCAGUCCGGUCUUCUGGCCUCAGGACACCAUCCCCCAGCCCCCACCAAGAACCAUUUCAGACUCGGGUCCUCGCUUGGCCCCAAAGAGCCACUCAGGAUUCCUGGAUCCCUACUGCCCCCGCCCUCGUGCGUCUUUCCCCAUGUCGCUCCCAGGGGGUCCCUCCUCUGGCCUCUUCCAGCUCUUGGUGGGACUCCUGCAGGUCCCCCUCCCUGCUGGCGCCGUCCCCAGGCCACCUACCCCGCCUCUCUUCCCCCUCAGCCUCCGGUACUCACUUGCCACGUCCCCUCCCGCCGCAAUCCCGCCCCUCUCUGGGGGACCCUGACGGGCCAGCGCCGGCGGGGAACGUGUCCUGGGCUGGCCAGGAUGGAGGCUCCACUCCCAGGUCUCAUUCGGUGUCAAGGGCAUUGAGAGACGGGAGUCCAUUGGGGAGAAAACAGCCAGGUCAUUCAGUUCCAGCUGUUUUGGGGACCCCAGCUGACCAUCCUUGCCUUAUCCUGAGCUCCUGGCAUCAGUCCUUUCCCUGGCAGCCAGCGCUCUUCUCGACGCCCCCACCCCCCUCCCCGCCCAAGUGGCCCCGCCCAACAGGCCCUGCCCAGGCCACUGCCACCCACCCGCAGGCCCUGGGUCCCGGCACCAACAGCCGGAUGGCCAGCUGGUUCCCUUCGGGGGUGGCCGCCCCUGCCUCCCGCCCCCCACCUCAGGGCUGUAACCCGAGCCGCGUUGGCGCCUUCUUGGGCCGCUCCCGCUCAGGCAGGUCCCACAGCCCACGCGCCCCAAGCCCCGACAGCGAGUCCGCGGGCGCCAUGGGCCGCGGGGCCUGUGUCCCCUGGGCAGCGCUGGGGGCCCGCGCGCAGGCCGGCUGGCUGAGGGCCGUGCUGGGCAUCCUGUGCCUGCUGCCUGUGCUCCUGUCACUGGCCCAGCUGGGGGCCCCAGGUGCCAGGCCCGCGGCAGGCGCGAAGCAGGGAGACGUCGCUCCCCAUCCUGUGGGGGUCCUCGCCACCCCGAACGCCGGUCCGCUGCCCCCACAGGCGCCCCGUAGACGCCGCUACACGCUGACCCCGGCCAGGCUGCGCUGGGACCAUUUCAACCUGACGUACAGGAUCCUCUCCUUCCCGCGGAACCUGCUGAGCCCCAGUGAGACCCGGCGGGGCCUGGCCGCCGCCUUCCGCAUGUGGAGUGACGUGUCCCCCUUCAGCUUCCGUGAGGUGGCCCCCGAGCAGACCAGCGACCUCCGUAUAGGCUUCUACCCCAUCAACCACACGGACUGCCUGGUCUCCGCGCUGCAUCACUGCUUCGACGGCCCCACGGGCGAGCUGGCCCACGCCUUCUUCCCCCCGCACGGCGGCAUCCACUUUGACGACAGCGAGUACUGGGUCCUGGGCCCCACGCGCUACAGCUGGAAGAAAGGCGUGUGGCUUACCGACCUGGUGCACGUGGCGGCGCACGAGAUCGGCCACGCGCUGGGCCUGAUGCACUCACAGCACGGCCAGGCACUCAUGCACCUCAACGCCACGCUGCGGGGCUGGAAGGCGCUGUCGCAGGACGAGCUGUGGGGGCUGCACCGGCUUUACGGCUGCCUGGACCGGCUGUUCGUGUGCGCGUCCUGGGCGCGGAGGGGCUUCUGUGACGCCCGCCGGAGGCUCAUGAAGAGGCUGUGCCCCAGCAGCUGCGACUUCUGUUACGAAUUCCCCUUUCCCACGGUGGCCACCACCGCGCCGCCCCCCAGGACCAAAACCAGGCUGGUGCCCGAGGGCAGGAACGUGACCUUCCGCUGUGGCCAGAAGAUCCUCCACAAGAAAGGCAAAGUGUACUGGUACAAGGACCAGGAGCCCCUGGAGUUCUCCUACCCCGGCUACCUGGCGCUGGGCGAGGCGCACCUGAGCAUCAUCGCCAACGCCAUCAACGAGGGCACGUACACGUGCGUGGUGCGCCGGCGGCAGCGCGUGCUCAGCACCUACUCCUGGCGAGUCCGUGUGCGGAGCUGAGCGCCCUCUGCAGGCCGGCUGAUAAAGCGCUUUCUCUCUGACGUGUCUGCGCCCUUUCUUGGGAGGGCAAGGGGCAGACGGCCAGUCUUGGGCCUUGUAGCAGGGGACACCUGGCUGGAGGCCUAGCUGGAUGUAGGGAGUGGGGGCCAGGACACCUAAACUUCCCUGCAGUUCCUCGAGGUGAGGAUGCAGUCUACAGCGACCAGGGGGCCAAGAGCUUUUCUAGGCUGUUCUUGGAAAGGUGGGGACGAGGCCCAUCUGCCAUCACCUGGGGGCGCAGACUGCUGUGGAGCCGGCCCAGGGCCCUCUUGGGUUUGCUCUGGGGCAGGUGUGGCAGGAAGGCUGGGCUGGGGAGCGUGGGGCCUCCAGCACGGAAGUGCCAAGGCGGGGUGGGCCGGUGGCACCUCAGAAGUUGGGAGAUGGGGCUGGUGAUGCUCACAGAAGGGCCUGGUGUGACACAGGUGGAGGCCCUGGGUGGUGGCAAGCGUCCCCUCUGCCUGAGGGAUUCCCAGCCCCCCUCCAACCAACUAGAACAGGAGCUGCAGGUCUGGUGGGCCAAGAAGAGCCUGGCCCAUGUGGGGCCAGAGGCUACACCUCACCCCGUCUGUCCUUGUCCUCGCCAUGUGUGCAUGUGUGGGGACCCAGCCUGGGACAAGUGGCUGAAAUAACAUACUGAGCCUUCCUCCAGGAAUAUUUUACUGUACUUUAAAAUGUCACCACCUCGUACAAAAAAGCCACAUGGCCAUGCUCACACCCCCAGCUCUGGGGGACCGGGGGACCUGGGGACCUUGGGGCUGUGGAUGCUGUGGGUGAGGGCAGGAAGGUGCCAAAGCAGAAGCCCUAAAGAUGGGAAAGCAGAAAAAUCCCCCACGGCUCCAUUUCAAAUCACUGCCAGUAUGACAGGCAGAGCCCCCUGGGUCAUGGUGGCCGAGUGUAUGUGUGGAGGGGAUGUGCUAUCCACACUGGCCACCUGUGUGUGGACACCUGCACUCUCCCCGUAGGGCAAGUCCGAUACAUCUGAAAGAAAAUAUACCCUUUCCUUCCACAAGGAAAUGAUUUAAUUCUACAAAUUUACAAACCAAGACAAAAUAAAAAUGAAACAUGGAAAACCGAAUAGAACCA